UCCAGAAAAACACCACCACCGGUCCACCACCGUCACAACUCUCUCUCUCUACAAGGUUACGUCUCUCUCCUCCGAUGUGGGGACUUUCGCGCCAAACCGAUCAACUCUCACCAUGACGCCUCCUCGCCUCCCGAAACUCACUCUCUCUCUCCUCGCCCUCCUCGUCUCCAUCUAUCUCCUCCGUUUCAAACCCCCGCCCCUAAACCGAACCCUAGAAAGAUCCGAGCCCCACGUCACUCCCACGAACACUCCCACGAACUACAUCGUUCGAUUUCGCGACUACAGGAGAGCCGAAAACCACAGGAACUACCUCGAACGGAGCGUGAAAUCCCGCGGAUGGAAAUGGAUCGAGCGCCGAAACGACGCCGUAACCAAGUUCCCGACGGAUUUCGGGCUGGUGGCGGUCGAGGACGCAGCUAGGGUUUCGGUGAUCGAGGAGUUGGAGGGGUUGGAGCUGGUCAAGGAUGUUAAUCCCGAUCGCAGCUACCAAAGGAGCUUGCUUGGGGAGGAAAAAAUGGGGAAAGUCGGGGCCUUUGUGGACGGGAAGAAGCGGCCGGGGAAGAUUUUUACGGCCAUGUCAUUCGGCGAAGGCGAAAACGACGCUGUGCCUGCUGCUGCUAGUAAUUUGAGCAGUAGCUGGAAACGCCAGCUCCUGAUGCAGAAAUCUCAAGUUACGUCAUUGUUUGGGGCAGAUGUGCUUUGGUCGAAAGGGUAUACUGGUGCGAAAGUCAAAAUGGCCAUAUUUGAUACUGGGAUUCGAGCAAAUCACCCACAUUUUCGGAAUAUCAAGGAGCGGACAAACUGGACCAAUGAGGAUACCUUAAAUGACAAUCUCGGGCAUGGAACAUUUGUUGCUGGCGUUAUUGCUGGUGAAGAUUCAGAGUGUCUUGGUUUUGCACCAGACACUGAGAUUUAUGCAUUUCGUGUCUUUACUGAUGCACAGGUAUCAUACACUUCAUGGUUCCUUGAUGCCUUCAAUUAUGCAAUUGCGACAAAUAUGGAUGUGCUAAACUUAAGUAUAGGUGGACCUGAUUACUUGGAUCUCCCUUUUGUGGAGAAGGUCUGGGAACUGACAGCAAAUAAUAUUAUCAUGGUUUCGGCAAUUGGAAAUGAUGGACCACUUUAUGGUACUCUAAACAAUCCAGCAGAUCAAAGUGAUGUUAUUGGUGUUGGUGGUAUUGACUACAAUGAUCACAUAGCGUCGUUCUCCUCGCGUGGCAUGAGUACUUGGGAGAUCCCUCAUGGUUAUGGACGUGUGAAGCCAGAUGUUGUUGCAUAUGGUCGGGAAAUUAUGGGACCAAAGAUCAGUACUGGUUGCAAAAGUUUAUCAGGCACUAGCGUGGCAAGUCCUGUUGUUGCUGGGGUAGUAUGCCUUCUUGUUAGUGUCAUUCCUGAAGGCAACCGAAAAGCCAUUUUAAACCCAGCAAGCAUGAAGCAAGCGCUGGUUGAGGGUGCUGCAAAGCUUUCUGGUCCCAAUAUGUAUGAGCAGGGUGCUGGCAGGGUUGAUCUGCUAGAAUCAUAUGAAAUCUUGAAGAGCUACCAACCUCGAGCAACCAUCUUUCCAAGUAUUCUUGAUUAUACUGAUUGUCCUUACUCCUGGCCCUUUUGCCGUCAACCAGUUUAUGCUGGUGCAAUGCCUGUUAUUUUUAAUGUCACCAUUCUGAAUGGGAUGGGUGUAAUUGGCUAUGUUGACAGCCCACCAACAUGGCAUCCUUCAGAUGAGGAGGGCAAUCUUCUGAGCAUUCACUUUACUUAUUCAGAUGUCAUUUGGCCAUGGACGGGGUAUCUAGCGCUGCACAUGCAAAUCAAAGAAGAAGGAGCUCAGUUUUCUGGAGUAAUUGAAGGCAAUGUAACUCUGAGUGUGUACAGCCCUCCAUCCCAAGGAGAGAAGAGCCGUCGAACUAGUACCUGCGUGCUUCACUUGAAAUUGAAAGUGGUUCCAACGCCUCCCAGAUCAAACCGGGUUCUGUGGGAUCAAUUUCACAGUAUAAAAUACCCACCUGGUUACAUUCCCAGAGACUCAUUGGAUGUGCGCAAUGACAUUCUUGACUGGCAUGGGGAUCAUUUACAUACAAAUUUUCACAUAAUGUUCAACAUGUUAAGAGAUGCUGGAUACUAUGUUGAGACCCUUGGUUCACCUUUUACAUGUUUUGAUGCCCAACAGUAUGGGACACUCCUGCUAGUGGAUCUUGAAGAGGAGUACUUUGAUGAAGAGAUUAAAAAGCUGAGGGAUGACGUCAUUAGCACCGGACUAGGUUUGGCUGUGUUUUCUGAGUGGUAUAAUUUGGAUACAAUGGUGAAGAUGAGGUUUUUUGAUGAUAACACAAGGAGCUGGUGGACCCCGAUCACUGGAGGUUCGAAUGUUCCCGCAUUGAAUGAUCUAUUGGCCCCAUUUGGGAUUGCAUUCGGAGAUAAGAUAUUGAAUGGUGAUUUUUCUAUUGACGGUGAGCAGAGCCGAUAUGCGUCUGGAACUGAUAUCGUGAAGUUUCCUAGUGGUGGGUACGUUCAUAGCUUCCCUUUCAUGGAUAGCUCAGAGAGUGGAGCUACUCAGAACACGCUAAGCUCUGGCAUGGCCAAGGCGGACUCCCCUAUUCUUGGUCUUCUGGCAGUGGGUGGGGGUCGAAUUGCAGUGUAUGGGGACUCCAACUGUCUGGACAGCAGCCAUAUGGUUACUCAUUGUUACUGGCUUCUGAAGAAAAUAUUGGAUUUCACAAGUAAGAACAUUAGAGAUCCUGUGCUCUUCUCAGAUUCAGUCAGAACUGACAAACCCUUGUACAUAGAAGACCAUCAAUUACCUUCCCGCAGAACUGAUGUGAAUUUUUCUACUUAUUCUGCGGUUGUCGGAAAGGAAUUGAUCUGUAGAAGUGACUCCAGGUUUGAAGUAUGGGGAACUAAGGGCUAUGGUUUACAGGUCAGGGGAAGAAAUCGCAGAUUGCCAGGCUAUCUAGCUAUUGACAAUGAAAGAGGUUUGAAUUCUGCUACAGAGAAUUCCAAUACAAAGAGGUCCAAGUCAUUGGAGAAGAGCAAGGACGAGUCUCUGGGAAACAAGUACUUGAGUUUACUCUACAGAGACGACCUUGAUUUGCCCCUGGUAGUUGCUAGUCCUUGGCUUGUACCUGCUAUUGUCACCAUUUCUGGCCUCUUACUUUUAUUGAGCUUUUGGCGGAUUCGGCAGAAGCGGCGGCGGCGGAGGAAAGGAUCUGGCUCCAGUCGUUUUGCCAAUUUAUAGCUGCGGAGGAAUUUUGUUUUACUGCCACUUCCUCCUGUGUACUUGCAUCAGAAAAGUGCAGGAGUUUUCCUCGUCUAACACACGAGUCCAUGACUGGGCUCGAGAUUUCACAUCGAGAAUCCUCCUUGCGAGAUUGAAUUUUGUAUUCAUAAUAUAGGUUUGUGUAAUAAUUUUUUUGAUGUUUUGAGUUCACCGUAAAAAACAGAAUAGUAAUGAGAAUCACAUUCAGGCAACCUGGGAAUGAGAGUUUUCUUCUUGAUUGUGCA